GUUUUGUGUCCUCUCCCCAGGGAUUACCUCUUACACUGACGUGAUGGGGAGCUGCUGCAGUUGUCUGUGCAGAGACAGCAUCCCAGACAACCAUCCCACCAAAUUCAAGGUAACAAACGUGGAUGAUGAAGGUAACGAGCUGGGAUCUGGGAUCAUGGAGCUGACACAGAUGGAGCUCAUCUUGCACACUCACAAGCGAGAUGCUGUCAGGUGGCCCUACCUCUGCCUGCGCCGCUAUGGCUACGACUCCAACCUCUUCUCCUUCGAGAGCGGCCGGCGCUGCCAGACGGGGCAGGGGAUUUUUGCCUUUAAGUGUUCCAGAGCCGAGGAGAUCUUUAACCUGCUCCAGGACCUGAUGCAGUGUAACAGCAUCAACGUUGUGGAAGAGCCUGUUGUCAUCACCAGGAACAGUCACCCCACGGAGCAGGAGCUCUCCAGGACCCCCCAGGCAUCCAACAGUCUGGGGUACACUGUCCCAGGAUUUCCUAAUGGAUUUCACAGCUACUCUGGAGAAACCCUCCCAUACUCCACAGCCCACCACCCCUCUGUGAGCAGCCUGAAGCAUUCCUCUGUGGGUGAAGACUCUACUCAUGCCCUUAUUGGGCCUGAUGAGCAGUCCCACACCUACGUCAACACGGCCAAUGGUGAUCAGGAGUUGAGGGGCCGACACUGUAUGCACUCCUUGCCUGAAGUCCACCCUCCUUUCCCCCAUAGGAACCGCAGCUGCUCCCUCGAAGACCGCAAUCCCCAGGUCUUCCUGCAGCCAGGGGAGGUUAAGUUCGUGUUAGGUCCCGCCUCCACCUGCAGACGCUCCUGUCGGCACCACGGGGAGUGCAGGACACACUUCUGCCCCGCCAACAACAACAACAACGAGUGUGAGGAGGAGUGUCCUUCACCCCAGUGCGUCUAUGAGAACGUCAAUGGCCUGCUCCCCCCCAGCACCUCCUCUCUCUGCCGAGGCGGGCGCUUGAAGCUGCCCCGGGAGGACUCGGGCUUAGCCGGCUGCUCCCAUCGCAGGACGGCGUUGCUGCACUAUGAGAACUUGCCAUCCCUGCCCCCGGUGUGGGAAUGCCAACCCCUCCCGCGGGGAGAGGAGGAUGCGGGCGAUGCGUUGACCCCUUCCCCCAGCGGCUACUCCGAGGCUGGUGAAGAAGAUCCCCUCCAGAACUACAUGAACUCAGAGAGCACGGCCCUGCACCGGGGCCAGCGGCGCAGCAGCUUCCUCCCCAAGCCCCGGCGCAGCUGCGUGCCCAACGUCUUCAGCUUCGACUUCCCCCGGCCCUGCCCGGAGCAGCCACGGCAGCUCAACUACAUCCAAGUGGAGCUGGAGGCUGAGCCGCACAAGGGCCAUCAGAACCCCCCUGCCUCCCGUGUGCCAGCUCCUGCCAGCCCCGACGCCCGCCGGACGGACUCCUACGCGGUCAUCGACCUCAAAAAGACAGCAGCCAUGUCCAGUUUGCAACGGGCCCUGCCCAGAGAUGAUGGGACCUCACGGAAAACUCGGCACAACAGCACUGACCUGCCCUUGUGAGGGUGAGGGGGGCCGCCGAGUGCAAGCACCGUGUCGUGGCUUCGGUACCUGCCUUCAGUGUGACUUCUGUUCGCCAUUGCCUUCUGCUUCCCUGUUUACCCCAUUGGUGUCACGGGAUGGCUCCUACAGCUGAUGUUAAGCCUAGUCUGUCUGUCUGUCCUCCCCUCUGUCUGUCCCAUGUCGUUGUUUCUUGAAGCCUUGUGGGGUAUUCAGCAUCGCUGUUCGAAGGUUCAGCCUCCAGCAGGAGGUGCCAG